AUGGAGUUCCUGCUGUGGCAGCAGCCACGACAGUCCUUCAGGCAGCGCCUGGCAGGGAUGCUGGUGGAGGCCAUGGGGGUCACACAGGAACUGAACUGUGAGCGGGAGGGAUGCUAUGGGAAGGACGACGGCGGCUCCGAGCUGCGGCCCCUCUCUGUCCCCUUCCCCUUCUUCGGCGCGGGGCACACCGGCCUCUAUGUGAACAACAACGGGAUCAUCUCAUUCCUGAAGGAGGUCUCCCAGUUCACGCCAGUGGCCUUCCCCAUCUCCAAGGACCGGCGCGUGGUGGCCGCUUUCUGGGCGGACGUGGAUAACCGGCGGGCGGGUGAUGUGUAUUACCGGGAGAGCACUGAGCAGCCCAUCUUGGAGAGAGCGAGCAGGGACAUCAUGCAGUAUUUCCCCGAGUUCCCGGGGUUUUCCGCUCAGUGGGUCUUCAUCGCCACCUGGUACCGAGUGACCUUCUUUGGGGGCAGUUCGUUUUCACCGGUAAACACUUUCCAGAUUGUCCUCAUCACGGACGGCAAGCUCUCCUUCACCAUCUUCAACUAUGAGUCCAUCACCUGGACCACGGGUAUGCACGCCAGCAGUGGGGGGGACUUUGCUGGGCUCGGCGGCAUCGCGGCGCAGGCAGGUUUUAACGCCGGUGAUGGAAAGCGCUACUUCAACAUCCCCGGAUCCCGCACCGAUGACAUCGCUGACGUGGAGAUGACGACAAAUGUGGGUAUCCCCGGGCGCUGGGUGUUCAGAAUCGAUGAUGCCCAGGUGCAAGUGGGGGGCUGCAGCAAUACAACCUCUGUCUGCCUGACGCUGCGGCCCUGCCUGAAUGGGGGGAAGUGUAUUGAGGACUGCAUCACAGGGAACCCCUCCUACACCUGCUCCUGCCUGGCCGGCUUUACCGGCAAGAGGUGCCAUGUUGAUGUGGAUGAGUGUCUCUCCCACCCGUGUCAGAAUGGAGCCACCUGCCUCAAUGGUGCUGGCAGCUUCAGCUGCAGGUGCCCGCCGGGCUUCAGAGGCACCAGCUGCGAGACUGAAGAGUCGCCAUGUGAGAGCAGGGUGUGCCAGAACGGCGGGAGGGGCCAGGCAGCGAAUGGGACAGCAGCGUGCUUGUGCCAGCCGGGGUACAUGGGGGCAGACAGCCAGACGGGUGGGUGGCAGUGCGAGUCCAGCCCAUGCCUGAACGGCGGGCACUGCGUCGACCUGGUUGAUAACUACACCUGUGUGUGCCUGGAGCCCUUUGUUGGACAGCGCUGCGAGACAGACUCGUCUUCCUGCGAGGACCGGAGCUGCCGGAACCGGCAGACGUGCAACUACAUCCGUCCCGGCCGCUACAUCUGCACAUGCUCCCCAGGUUAUUACGGCAACAACUGCCAGUAUGGCGGGCCCCGUGUGCCUGGAGCCUGCCUCUCCCACCCAUGCCAGAACGCGGGCAGCUGCCUGGAGACAGAGCAGGGCUACGUCUGCGAAUGCCGGGAGGGAUACACUGGACAGGACUGUCGAGACAAGCUCUCGGAGGGCUGUGAGUGUCGCAACGGGGGCAGUUGUCUGGAGGGGAACGUCACCAUCUGCCAGUGCCCACCUGGGUUUUUUGGUCUCCUCUGUGAAUUUGAAGUCACCACCACACCGUGCAACAUGAACACGCAGUGCCCAGACAGCGGGUACUGCAUGGAGUAUGGUGGGAGCUACCUCUGUGUCUGCCACACUGACUACGGCACCAACCACACAAUGCCAUCCCCCUGCGACUCGGAGCCCUGCCUGAACGGGGGCUCCUGUGAGGUUCACGACAACUCGUACACCUGCGAGUGUCGUCAAGGCUUCCUUGGCAAGCACUGCGAGAAAGCCAAGCCACGGCUCUGCAGCAUGGGGCCCUGUCGCAAUGGGGGCACCUGCAGGGAGGCGGAUGGCGAGUACCACUGCACCUGCCCCUACCGCUUCACCGGAAAGCACUGCGAGAUUGGUAAGCCAGACCCUUGCGCCUCGGGGCCCUGCCAGAAUGGGGGCACCUGCUUCCACUACAUCGGCAAGUACAAGUGCGACUGUCCCCCGGGCUACGCCGGCCGGCACUGUGAGAUCGUGCCGUCCCCAUGCUUCCUCAGCCCCUGCGAGAAUGGCGCUACCUGCGAGGACCUCGGCGGGGGCUAUGCUUGCACAUGCCCUGUGGGCUACGUAGGGAAGCACUGCCAGUCUGAGGUUGACUGUGGCGUCCCCAGCGAGGUUAAGCAUGCCCAAGCCUCUUUCAACUCUACGAAGGUGGGCUCGCUGGCUGAAUACCAGUGUGAGCUGGGCUACACCCUCAGUCAGCACAACCACCCCCGUGUCUGCCGUUUGCCAGGCAUCUGGAGUGACCCCCCUGAGUGCGAUGAGAUCGAUGAGUGCCGGUCCCAGCCCUGCCUGAACGGCGGCCAGUGCAAGGACCGCAUCGCCGAGUUCCUGUGCCUUUGUGAGCCAGGUUACACUGGCCACCACUGCGAGUCAGAUGUCGACGAGUGUCAGUCAGAGCCCUGUAAGAACGGCGGGACCUGCCGGGACCUCCUCGGGUCCUUUGCUUGCUACUGUCCUGAGGGCUUUGUGGGGACCCAGUGUGAGACAGAAGUGGAUGCCUGUGAGUCAGGCCCUUGCCGAAAUGGAGGGGAGUGCGAGAGCUACGGGGGCUCCUACCUCUGCGUGUGCCCGGAGGGUUUCUUUGGCUACCACUGCGAGACAGGUGAGGUGGGCAGGGCGGCUCAGCGCGGGGCGGCCACUUGGCCAGCUGGCACCACUAACACCGCCGGGCCUGGCACCUCUCCUGCAGCCAGUGACCCGUGCUUCUCCAGCCCCUGUGGGAGCAGAGGCUACUGCCUGCCCAGCAAUGGCACCCACAGCUGCACCUGCAAAGUCAGCUACACAGGCAAGAGCUGCGAAAAAGAAUUGCUGCCACCAACCUCAUUAAAGGUGGAAAGGGUGGAGGACACUGGUGUGUUGAUUUCUUGGCACCCACCUGAGGACGCAGCCGCCAGGCAACUCAUUGACGGCUACGCCGUGACGUACGUAUCCCUCGACGGCUCUUACCGCAGGACAGAUUUUGUGGACCGAAGUCGUUCUGCCCACCAAUUGCGGGCACUAGCCUCCGGCAGAGCCUACAAUAUUUCUGUCUUUUCAGUCAAACGCAACGUGAACAACAAGAAUGAUAUCAGCAGGCCCGUCAUGCUCACCACACGCACUAGACCACGUCCGGUGGAAGGCUUUGAGAUCAUGAACGUGACGGCCAGCGCCAUCACGGUGCAAUGGGCUCUCCACCGGCUCAAGCACUCCACUGUCAGUAGGGUGCGUGUCUCCAUCCGCCAGCCGGGGGACCUGGCAGACCGCACCGUGGAGCUGAACAGCAGCGUGGCCAAGUACACCUUCCUGGACCUGCAGCCAGGAGAGAGGUACAUUGUCCAUGUCACGACGCUGAGCGGCCUGGGGACAGAAGACCACCCCUCAGAGAGUCUGGCAACAGCCCCCUUCCACGUGUGGACGAGGCCUCUCCCCCCAAAAAACCUCACCGCCUCCCGCGUCACUGCCACCUCCGUGUCCAUGGCGUGGGAACAGCCGCCUGCCGGUGCCGUGGAGGGGUACAUCAUCAACGUCACCACCGCUCAGAGUGUGAAGAGCCGCUAUGUACCCAACGGGAAGCUUGUGUCCUACACGGUGCGGGACCUGCUCCCUGGGCAGCGGUACCGCCUGUCCGUGACGGCUGUGCAGAACACAGAGCAAGGCCAAGUGCACAGUGAGCCCAUCCACCUCUAUGUCACCACCUUGCAGAGGGAUGGAGCUCCGGAGGGACGGUGGAGCCAAGCUGGACACCCCCGGGUCCUGCGCAACAGGCUGCCCCCAGCUUUCCUGCCCGAACUGCGCUUGCUAGCGGAUCACGACACAGUUGAGGAGCUCUCGCCAGCCCCCAGGUUCACCGAGCUGGUGGAUGGCAGAGGGAGGAUCAGCGCCAGGUUCGGCACUGCGCUGAGCAAAUCCAUCACUGUGAAGACACAGCCGGAGGCUCCAGUGAAGCUGGAGAACGUGGAGGUGUCAAGCCAGGGCAGUCUGGCACUGCAGCUGCGUGACGCAAAGAGCAAGAGUGAGGGGCAGAACUGCUCCACAAACCCCUGCAGGAAUGGAGGCACCUGCACCAGGGAUGCGAAGUCCUACCACUGCGACUGCCGCCCAGGAUUCAAGGGCCGGUUCUGCGAGCUGGCCUGCAAGAAGGUGCCACACUCGUGCACGCGGCUGUACUCGGAAACCAAGUCAUUCCCCGUGUGGGAAGGAGGCACCUGCCACUACCUGUAUAGGAGAGUCUACAAGGUAUACCAGGACGUCUGCUACAAGGAGAGCUGCAAGAGCACCGGUUCCGAGAAGAGAACCAGCAGAAAACCAAGCAACAGUCACACACUGAAGAAGCCAUAGAGGUUCAAAGCAGCAGAAGCUUCAUCUUUCCACAUCUAAGGGCUUUUGAAACACCAGGAAGAUCAGAUCUGCUCACUGAGUUGAACACAGCGGGGGAACCUUUCUGCCUGCCAUCAGCCCCUCCCUCUCCUCCAGCCCGUUCAGGACACGCAGCUGGAUUGGCACGCCGAGCAGCACUCCCUUCCCUCCGCAGGACCAGCACUGCCUUCACUCUGGCUUGCCUUGCUCCGGUCACCUCU